UCAACGACAUGGUCAAGUCUUGAAGAACUCGACCCGUUGACUUUUGAGGACUUCCAAUGGAUGCCCCUGCCCCGGUCCGGUCGCUUGCCGAAACCGCAUUGCAACGUGCUCAAGGUACAAUUGCGAGAUUACUUGCACACUGCAGUACCGACUCCGUUGAUGGACGCCGGAGUAGAGGUUGUCGACCUUCACGCCUACAUUGCGAAGAUCGACCGCGAGUUCAAGACGCAACGGUACGACGACAUCGACGCACCAUUGCUAUAUGUACGCAUUCAGAUUGGAGAGGCGACCUGCAGCGCUUUGAUUGAUUGCGGAGCAUCUCGCAACUACAUGAGUCAGGACUUCAUGGUACGUGCCGGCCUUGGCCCACGAGUCCGAAGGAAGUCCCAGCCCACGCAAGUCACAUUGGUGAACGGUCACACGCACAAGUCAAUCGAUCGGUGCAUUGACGACGUCCCAAUGUACUUUGCCCCUCAUGCAAGUGAGGCGGUGUCCUUUGACAUUCUGGACACCAAAUUUGACAUGAUCUUGGGCAUGUCAUGGCUGCGAACCGAGGACCACCCGGUGAACUUCUACUGCCGCACUGUUCACAUUCGUGAUCGGAAUGGAGUACUAGUCCCAUGCACAGUAGCUCCUCAUCACCCUUCAGUCAGCUGUCACGUGGUAUCCGCCGCAAGCAUGCGAGCUUCCAUCAUCAGAGACGACAUCGAGGAGAUGGGGGUGUGUUUCCUCCACGCCCUCCCGCCCCAAGACGCGUCAUCGACGGACUCAUAUUCAGAUCCAUGCAUCACCGAACUUCUCGAUGCCUACAGCGACGUGUUCGAAGGCCCGCACGAAGUAGUACCGAAUCGGCCCAUCCGCCACGAGAUCAUCCUCGAGGACGGGGCCGUACCUCCACGCGGUUGCAUCUACCGAAUGAGCGAGGAAGAGUUAAGUGUGUUUCGGGCACAACUCGACGACCUUCUGGAGAAAGACUGGAUUCGGCCUAGCUCAUCGCCAUACGGUGCUCCUGUUCUCUUCGUCCAGAAGAAGAACAAGGACUUGCGGUUGUGCAUCGAUUAUCGCAAGCUCAACGCGCAGACGAUCAGAAACGCCGGCCCUCUCCCACGCAUCGACGAUCUUCUCGAGCGACUGGGCGGCGCCAAUUUCUUCUCCAAGCUGGAUCUCAAGUCGGGAUACCACCAACUCGAGAUUCGCGAGGACGAUCGCUACAAGACCGCGUUUAAGACGCGAUAUGGGCAUUUCUAAUGGCUGGUUAUGCCAUUUGGCCUUACGAGUGCCCCGGCCACUUUCCAAGCGGCUAUGAUAACGGAGUUCCGACACAU